AUGAUCAUCGGAGGGGGCAAUGAUGCAUCGAUCAACAACGUAAAAUUCACCACCACCCACAAACUCAAACGAUUGAUCACUCAUGAACGGUACGACAAACUCGAAGAAAGUAUCAUCUUCGAUAAGUCAGAUGCCCAUGGUUUGGUUUUUCCUCACUAUGACGCUCUUGUUGUCACUUUACGCAUAUUAGAUACGAAUGUGAGACAUAUUAUGGUGGACGAUGGGAACGGUGCAUGCAUUAUCCACCCUCAAGUACUUGCACAGAUGAAACUCGAGGAUAAGAUAGUGCCACUCUGCAUCACACUAACCGGUUUUAGUAAUGCAGUUGAACGAAUAUCUGGAGAGAUCACACUCCCUGUUCUGGCUGGUGGCAUCACUCUAGAAACUACUUUCCACAUCAUGGAUCAGGACACAACGUACAAUGCCAUAAUAGGUUGGCCUUGGAUACACGCCAUGAAAGCCGUCUCUCCAGCUUGUACCAAGUUAUCAAAUUUCCCACCCAUGGGGAGUAUUUAG